AUGGAGUUGCCUUUGGGGCCAAUUACUCGAGCACGUGCCAAGAAGUUCCAAGAUGCUGUAGCAAGCUAUAUUGCUCGAUUGUGGAGUGAUGGGAGCCCGGAACGACGAGCAACAAGUGGAGCUGGUGGAGGAGUUAAUCUUCAACCAAGGAGAAACGUUCCCGGAGGCGGAGUGCCCGAUCUACAAGUUCAAGCAAUCGUGCGAGAAAUUUCUCGUUUGUUCCAACCUCAAUUCGAUUCCCUUCAUGAACGAAUGGAACAAAUGGAGGAACGAAGCCAACGUGCGAACACCCCUCCUAUUCUGAGAAGAGAGCGAGAACGUCCAUGGCAACAUGCAAAUGAUCUAUAUGAAGUAAGUGACGUUGAAAGUGAUCGAGCUUCGCGACAAAGUGCAAGGCGACAAGGCCAACGAGCACGGGGACCAAGAGAUCGAGAGAGGACCGAUGAUGAUUUAAAGAGCAUUAAAAUGGCAAUUCCUACUUUUCAAGGAAGGUCGGAUUCCGAGGCCUAUCUUGAAUGGGAGAAGAAGGUGGAGUUAGUUUUCGAGUGCCACAAUUACUCGGAAAGCAAGAAGGUGAAGUUAGCUGCUAUAGAAUUCUCCGAAUACGCCAUAAUAUGGUGGGAUCAACUCACGAUGAGCCAAAGACGCAAUGGCGAACGUCCCGUGUCUACAUGGGCGGAAAUGAAAGCCAUAAUGAGAAAGCCAUUCAUUCCUGCUUACUAUCACCGAGAGUUGUAUCAAAAGCUCCAAAGCUUAACUCAAGGCCAACAAAGCAUGGAGGAUUACUACAAGGAAAUGGAAGUGGCCAUGAUCCGCGCUGAUGUGGAGGAAGAUCGAGAAGCCACCAUGGCUCGAUUUCUCGUCGGCCUUAAUCGAGAUAUUGCAAAUAUUGUGGAGCUACACCAUUAUGUCAAGGUCAUUGAUAUGGUCCAUAUGGCCAUAAAGGUUGAAAAACAAUUAAAGAGAAAAGGUACGUUCCGUUCUUUCCCUAAUACUUCUUCUACAACUAGGUGGGGGCAAGGGUCCAACAAACGAGACUUGCCGAGUCGAAAUAAAGAAGUAAGUGGAGCUACCAAAUUCAACAAACCAAUGGCCGAAUCGAGUAAAGGAAAGAUGGAUGCCCAACCAAAUAGAUCCCGAGACAUCAAAUGCUUCAAAUGUCUUGGAAGGGGCCACAUCGCAAGCCAAUGCCCGAACCAGAAUGCGAUGUUUGUUCGAGAUGAUGGUGAAAUUGAAUCCGAAAGUGAACAAGAGAACGAGGCUGUUGAACAACUCAAAGAAGAGGAAGACAUCGAACAAGCCGAGAAUGGAGAAAUCUUGGUUGUGAAAAGAAGCCUUACUUUGCAAGGUGUCGAAAAUGAUCAACAACGCGAAACCAUCUUCCAUACGCGAUGUCAAGUGCAAGGUAAGAUUUGUUGCGUGAUAAUCGAUGGGGAAAGUUGUACAAAUGUGGCUAGUACGUUGAUGGUGGAGAAACUCGGAUUGGCCACCACCAAACAUCCCCAUCCGUAUAAACUCCAAUGGCUUAACGAUGGUGGAGAAUUGAAGGAAUUUCAAGACGUAUUCCCGGAAGAAAUCCCGAGUGGGUUACCACCUAUUUGUGGAAUUGAACACCAAAUCGAUCUUGUGCCGGGAGCUGCAAUUCCAAACCGACCUGCUUACCGGAGCAAUCCUGAAGAGACGAAAGAAUUACAAAAGCAAUUCCGAAGAAGGAUGGAACGUGGAGGAUGUGCGUGGACUGUCGUGCUAUAA